AUGUCGUCCCCAUUUCAGAUCCCCUUGCAAGCUCAACUCGAGCUAGAGCACAACGAAGCCUUCUGCGCCAUGCGCGAACAACUUCGCAGACAAGAAUGCGGUAUGGAACGACCAAGCUUCUGCACCGCCCAUCGCCACUCCUGCACCACCACCGAACAAGAGACCUUCCGCCUCCACCGCGACAUCAUCCACACUCUCCUCGUCCCCCUCUUCCUCAUCAACCACCAAGCCGAGCGUGUCGCAGCCCGCACCCUCCCCAGCAAGCGCGCCGCCGAACCCGAACGCGCCUUUCGGGGCGAAGCCCGCAGCGCCUUCGCCUGGCUGAACUGCAUUCUCACCGAGGAACACGACUGGUACCUCACAGCCCGCUGCCCGGCCUGCAUCGUCCUGCACGUUCUCCACUCCGAGCCCACCAUCCGCUUUGUGACCGUCGCCUCCCAGCUCGCGGGUGCGCGCUCUGCAUUCCAGUGCUGGCUGACCGCACUCGAAGUGGCCGUCUGUGAAGAUCCCUUUUGGGGGGAUGCCUUCUGGCCCGAUAUCGAAGAGCGCGCCUCUCGCCUGACGGAGGGCGUCCAGGAGCUGGUUCGGCAGUGCUACGAGCUGCGUGCGACUCUCGAUGACCCGUCUCGCCCGAUGCCAUCCAUGGCCAAGUCCUCUCUGCCGACUUAUGGCCGCUCUGCGUCUUGCACUAUUCCCCUGAAGCCUUCCAGCUUUGCGCGGAAGCAGGUCCGUCUCACCCGCGAGGAGCAGAAGUAUCGCUCCUCGCUUUGGGGCUGUUCGCAGGAUUUGCGACCGCCUCUGGCAGGCUGUACUACUGCGACUCAGUCUCGGCGCCGGUCGCUGACUUCUUGA